AUGUCACAGAGGAGAAUGGCAGUUAACUUUGGGUCUGUUUCUGGACUUCGUAUAGUCGAUCACAAGCUCGAUAAAACGAUCAGCUUGCGUAACAGUUCAAAUGGAAUCGGUGGAUUCUGGAAGAUGACGACACUUGAGGACUCGGAAGUGACAUCAACAUCUAUUGCAGCGGUCACGUUGUCAUCCGCCAUCGAUGAUUGUGACGAGACGAGACGCGAAAGAGCGUCCACUUGA